GGAUACAACGAAUGUUGUUGCGGACACCAGCUACAAAAGUUUUGCUGCUAGCGAGCUGUCUAACAUGUUUUCUUAAUUUAUCCAGUUGCUACAUGGCCUGAGUUUACAAGCGGGUUGACUUUAAGUAAGUUAUACGCUUGGACACCUCGCCAAGCGACCCCCAGCCAUGCCAUACAUUAAGAAAUCCAAAAAAAAUCAGCCAUCCUCAAGAUCGUUGGAUAGAAAGUCACAGAAAUGUGGACUGCGGCACACAGUCAUCUCUGUCAAUGGUAAUGAAUACACUGGAGAGUGGCAGGACAACAAAAAGCAUGGGAAGGGAACUCAGGUUUGGAAGAAGUCUGGUGCUAUUUAUAAUGGAGACUGGAAAUUUGGAAAACGUGAUGGAUAUGGUACCUACAGUGUGCUACUCCCAGAGGCAAAGGAGUAUGCAAGGAAGUACAGUGGUGGAUGGAAAAAUGGAAAGAAGCAUGGGUAUGGGACCUACCUCUACAAUAACUCAGCAGUUUAUGAGGGGGAGUGGAGUGAGGACCAUCGGAGUGGCUGGGGAAGGAUGUACUAUGAGAACGGCGAUAUCUAUGAGGGAGAGUGGAUGAAGGAUAAGAAUCAUGGACAGGGCAUCAUUAGAUCUGCAAAUGGAAAUUGGUAUGAAGGCAACUGGCGAGAUGGCAAGAAGAACGGUAAUGGAAAGUUCUACUACACUGGCAAAGGCCAGCUUUAUGAAGGCUUUUGGGUGGAUGGAAUAGCAAAAUGUGGGACCCUGUCUGAUUUUGGGAGGGAUGACGUACCUACACCGACAAAGUAUCCAAUUCCACAGCUACACCUGGUGGAUAUGCAGUUGGUUUUAAGGGAAGCCCAGUCACCCUACAGUGAUCAGUGUUGAAGAACAACAACAAGAGGAUCUACAGCUUGUGUCGACUUGACCACGCACUCACAAAGAAUUAAAAAAAGAAAAUAAAUGGCAUAAAUAAAUGGCAUUAAGACUUCAA